UCUGUAUAUGCUCCGAAUGUUAUGCUUUCUUUUUUUUAGAACCGAGUCAUGAUCCACAUGUUUAUUUAGCUCAAAGCCAAAAGAGAAACCUGAACCGGCGAUCCGGAAACAGAGUUCCGUUCUGAAUUUCUGGUGAGUCAUCUGCUGAAGCACGCACAAACUUCUGACAGACUGAAGAAAUCCAUGUCAUUGGCAUGUCGCCCCUGCCAUCGCAAUCUCUGCAACCCCACAAUAGUUCCCAUCUGUGGCCUUCCCUUUUUAAAAUUCCUCCACUCUCCAGCGAGGCAGCGAAUACGUAUGCAUCUGCUCCACUCCACACUCGCGCGCACGGCAUGCUUGACGACGCUCCACAAAACCCCCCAUCUUGGCCAUUUGCCCCUUGCACACUGCACGGCUGCAGCGCCAUGGAUCACUCCAACUCGCCUCCCGUCCCUGACAUUGGCAGCUUCUCCUACAGCUGGCCGACUAACAAGCCGCUCGCGCGCGCCGACGACGACACGCACGCGCGGGGAUGCAGCUUCGACUUCUCGCCGCCGUCGUUCGAGUGCUCCAAGCAAGCCGCGGCGAUGGCCCACGCCGACCAGAUGUUCCGCGACGGCCUUCUCCUCCCACUGCGAGCCGUACGGCGUCAGGGAGGCGGCGGCGGCGGCGACGACGACGGCGGCGGCGGCGACGUCAGCGGCGCCCCCAAGCGGGACGCUAUCCCGGUGCUCCUGCGGCCGCGCUAUGUGGACUCGGCCCAGAGGAUCACGACGACGAUCCCCGCGAGCAAGCGCCACCUGCUGCCCCGGCUGGCGUCGCCAAGUUCCCCGCGUUCGUCUCUCCGCGUUGCGGCGGCUCCGGGGUGGUCGCCGAGCUCCGUCCUCGGACUCGGGGCGAGCAACAAGCUCAGGCUGCCGUCCUUGGGGAGGAGGUGCGGCCGCGUGCUGCCGAGGCGGCUCUCGUGCAAGUGUCUGACGUUCCUGGAACCGCUAUAUCAGAAGAUGGCGAGCUGCUGUGUCGGGAGAAGGAUCACGACGAGGCACGCUUAUGGCCGUGCCGCCGCCGAUGAGUCCCGCAAUAUUAAGGUGUGCGAGGAUGCAAUCAGGGACGCUAUUCUGCACUGCAAAACAUCACUCUAGAUGAUCACGCAGGGGGCACCUGGAAUGCACGCAGGCUAGAGCUUGGGCCUUUUGGGCUGGAGCUUGCAAUGUGUUACUAUUGAUCUUUAUGCUUUGCCGUAGAUAAGAUUUGAAAUCUUUUUUUUAAUGGAAUCAGCACGAGAUUGUGCUUUUUCAUUAAAUAUAUAGCAAGAGAAAAAUAUAGCCCUAAUUAAGAUGGUAUACUAUACAAAGUACGGAAUAAGCUCUCUAAGACACUUAACGCCUGCCAAG